AUGGAUUUCCUCACCAACCUCUUCACCAGCAUCUUCACCCCAGGCCCCACACCCUCCCUUGUCCGAGCAACCAAUAUAGCCUUCUUCUCACUGCAGAUCGUACUCUCCCUUCUCCUUGCCGCCACCUACAGUAUCCACUUCGUCAUCCUCUCUUUCCUCUGCGCCGGACUCUGGUGGGGCGUGAACUGGUUCGUGCGUGAGCUCGAAGAGGCGAAUGCGAAGGAGCGAGAGAAAGAAAAGGAGAGAAGCGCGAAGGAAGGGGCGAAAGGAGGAAGUAGUGGUGGGGGCGGGGGAAGUGAGGGGGACGAUGAGGAAGAUGAUGGGGGCAGUGGGACCGAGACAGAGGAUAUGAAGGCCGGAGCAGGGGAGGAGGAGACGGCAGGGCCAGUCGUAGGGGGAGGGAAUUUUGCGGGGGUCGAAGGGGGAGAUGUGAAGAAAAUGUUGAAGCCAGAGGCUGCGGAGUUGAGGAGACGAAAGCAGAGUUUUGGGGAGGGAAGCUCGCAGGGCGAGUUGAGUACGGAUAGUGAAUGGGAUAAAGUGGAGGAGGCGGGGGAAAUCAAACGCUGA